GCGAGCCGGCUUCCCCUCAGUCUCUCAUGAAUAUUGAGCGGCCCCUGUUGUAUUUCCCGAGCUCCAUUGCGGAAGCCGAGACUCGCCAUAUUGUGCGGCGGCGCCGGGGGCCGCGGCAGCUGAUCCCAGAGUCUCGCUCCGGCCGCGGCCAGCGGAGCCCCGGGCUGGAGCAGGAGCCGCAAUGUCUCAGGCUGUGCAGACAAAUGGAACUCAGCCACUAAGCAAAACAUGGGAACUGAGUUUAUACGAAUUACAACGAACACCUCAGGAGGCAAUAACAGAUGGUUUGGAAAUUGUGGUUUCACCUAGAAGUCUACACAGCGAAUUAAUGUGCCCAAUUUGUUUGGAUAUGUUAAAGAACACUAUGACUACAAAGGAAUGUUUGCACCGUUUUUGUGCAGAUUGUAUUAUCACAGCCCUAAGAAGUGGCAACAAAGAAUGCCCUACCUGUCGGAAAAAACUAGUUUCCAAAAGAUCACUAAGGCCAGACCCAAACUUUGAUGCACUCAUCAGCAAAAUUUAUCCAAGUCGUGAUGAGUAUGAAGCUCAUCAAGAAAGAGUAUUAGCCAGGAUCAACAAGCACAAUAAUCAGCAGGCACUCAGUCAUAGCAUUGAAGAAGGUCUGAAGAUCCAGGCCAUGAACAGAUUACAGCGGGGCAAGAAACAACAGAUUGAAAAUGGUAGUGGAGCAGAAGAUAAUGGUGACAGUUCACACUGUAGUAACGCAUCGACACAUAGCAAUCAGGAAGCAGGCCCUAGUAACAAACGGACCAAAACAUCUGAUGAUUCUGGGCUUGAACUUGAUAAUAAUAAUGCAACAGUAGCAAUUGAUCCAGUAAUGGAUGGUGCUAGUGAAAUUGAGUUAGUAUUCAGGCCUCAUCCCACACUUAUGGAAAAAGAUGACAGUGCACAGACAAGAUACAUAAAGACUUCAGGUAAUGCCACUGUUGAUCACUUAUCAAAGUAUCUGGCUGUGAGGUUAGCUUUAGAAGAACUGCGAAGCAAAGGAGAAUCAAACCAGAUGAACCUCGAUACAGCCAGUGAGAAGCAGUAUACCAUUUAUAUAGCAACAGCCAGUGGCCAGUUCACUGUAUUAAAUGGCUCUUUUUCACUGGAAUUGGUCAGUGAGAAAUACUGGAAAGUGAACAAGCCUAUGGAACUUUAUUACGCCCCCACCAAGGAACACAAAUGAGAUUUUAAACACCAAUUCUGGACUGAACUUUUUUUAUAGCCUAAUUCUUUAAUAUUGAGAUACCAUCUUUACUUUCAUGGACAGAUUUUGGAUAUGUUGUUCAGUUUCCCUUCUGAGCCAGAUUUGUUUACACUAUUAGAAUUACUUUCCCUUAAUUUAAGAUGUACUUUUUGGAAGUGACUGCAGUUACUCAAUACUUUUUCUUUCCUUUAAAAAUAUAUAUCUAAGUUGUAUGCUUUCACAACAUAUAGUUCCAUUUGGAGCACCCUUUGACCCAGAAAUUUUUCAUAGUUAUAUAUUCUAAUUUUUCAUAGUUAUAUAUUAAGUAAAGAUUCAGUUGGCUAUCAUUUUUCCUCUUCACGUUUUGUAGACCUAUGGAAUGUUAAAUACAGUAAUAUGUAUCCCACUUUUUUUUCCUUCUGAGGUCUUGUAUAUUUAUAGUUUUCUAUAUAAACUGUAGUAUCUUUCUGAAGACCAAGGGUCAAAUUUACUGUGCUUAGAAACAAUUCUCAUAGGAUUAUAAUUUUCAUGGGAUUUUCUUCCAUAAUAUCUCACUUAAAAGGAGGUUCUUUAUGAACUUGUGUCCAUUGUCAUGCAGUGUUUUGUUUUUUUUUGUUUUUUUUUCCAUUUUUUUCCCUCCUGUAAGUUUAGAAUUUCUGGUCAUGAGGAAGAGAAUCAACAAAAAUCUUAAGUUCUGUGAGAAUGUGGUUCAUUAACAGAUUUCACUGAAGAAAGAAGAAUUGGUAGUAAUAUGUAAUCCUCAAUUGUAUAUUUAAGAGUUUUUUGUAUUCUGUUGUCUUUAUUUCCUCUAUUAUAUGUGUUUGAUGUUGUUUUCCUAUUAAAAUAUAAGAGAUAUGGA